AUGCUUAGAUUUGCUAAUAGCGUCUUUAUUUGGUUCUUGAUAUUGGGUAUUAUUAAUAUUUUUUUAACAAAACGAGAUAAUUUGAGUUUGCAAUAUUUUUUGAGUUUCCUGCACAUUUUAGAAAUCUUCUACUUUCAUCAAAUUGCCUCUCCUAGCAUUACGUUCACUAUAAUUAAUCAAUUAAUUCGACCAUAAUUUUUCAUAACACCAAAAAUUAGAUAACAUCGUUUGAAGGUACAGAUGUAUAAUUUGAAUAGUUGGAGAACAUUAUUAUCGCGAAAACUCAAAACCAACUUAAAGUUAUGUACAAUUAAGAGUUUUAAUAAAUAAUUUAACUAAAUGCUUCACAAAUAACUAUUGAUAAUAAUUAUAAUUUGAUAUAUUGGUUUGAUGAAAUUGCUAAAGAACUAAUUUUUUAUAAAAUUUCAUAUCCAAAAAAUGUAAUUACACCGUCUAAAAACUAUAUCUAUAUGGUUGGUGGUUUUUAAAUUUACAACCAGACCAAAUUUUGCAUCAAAAUUAAAUACAAAAUGGAAAACCAAUACAAUAAAAAUUAGACUUUAGAAUUCAAUAAUUAGUGUUAAAAUAAAUCCUCAAUAUUCUAUAGUAAAGAAGAUUUGCAAUUACCCAAUAAAUAUGAGAUAAAACCUGAUUAAAACUCAAAGUUUAGACUCAACAUUUUAGAUUAAUACUCCUUUAAAUCCCUGUGUCCAAAACUCUAAAACUUUAAUCCUUAGGAUACUAUAUUACUAUAUUAUGAAGCCGAUUCUAACAUAUCUUUUUCUAUGAUUCAAACUAAAGACUACAUCUAUUUCCAAAAUUGUCAUAAUGCUACUAAAAGCAAAGUUGAUAUCUAAAAUUGUUAGGUAUUUUAUUUUUAAAGUUAUCUCCUCCUAUAUAAUAAAAAUAAAUAAGAAUUCAACAUUAUAGACUUUUAGGGUAAAUUAAUUAAAAGAUUUAAGAUCUAAGUUGAAAUUACUUAAAUUCUUUAAUGUUAAUAAAUUAUUUUAAUUUUUGCAUCAGAUGGUAAAGAUCCUAAAAUAAUUAAUCUAUAAAACCAUUAAUAAAUAUUAUUGAACAAUUAAUCUAAUAAUAUCUUAAAUACAUUACAUUAAAUUUAUCUCUAAGACAAGCAAAAAAAUUAGAAAUUAACACAUAGCCAUUUUUUCCUUAAUUUGAAAAACCCAACAUUGAUUUAGUAUAAUCAAUAUUUGAUAAUUUUAAUUAACAAAAGGGUUAAAAUGCUUAUUUUAGAAAGCAUAUAAAUUAUUUUCUUAAAGUAACUGCUAAAUUAAUAUGAUUAUUUUGUGGGAGUACAUUUAAUCAGUAAUUCAAUAAUUGAUUAUCAUUUUGAUAAAUAAUAAGUAUUUGAGUAGUCUUCCAUUAAUUUAGACAAUUAUGAAUUGAUUUGACCUAUAAGGUACUAGAUUAGCUCAAAAUAUUUGGCUUUGGCAGCUUUAAGUCAAACCAAAACAUAUGUUUUAAUAGUUGAGAUUAGAAUUAAAAAACCUCUUCUGUUGGUAAAAGCUAUUCAGAUAGGUAGAAUUGAAUUCUUUAUCUCAGGAUAAUAAUUGUUCUAUUAUAAUUUUGAAAAUGAAAUUGAGAUUUAUAAUUUGCGUUAUUUUGAAGUUUAAUUAUAAGAUUUCAUCAAACAUAAUUAAAUAGCUAUAAACGCUAACGUUACUUUUGAAAUUAUUUCAGAAACGAAAAGAGACCCUGCAAUUAGUUUAGGAUUCACAUUAAAGGGUUACAAUGAAUGCUUCAAAUUGUUUUAAAAAAGUAAUCAUUCGUCUAUAGAUUCUACUUAAAAACAAUUAAUGCCUUAUAAAUACUUUUAGGGUCCUAUAGACAUAUUAAAAAUAGAGGGCAGUGAUGGAACUAAUAUUCUUGAACCAUUAAUGUUAAUUGAGUGGAUUGAUAUCAGUAGUCUCGGUAAUUAAAGUAAAAUCAAGAAAAUUGAUAUUGGUCCCAUUCUAUAUAAUAACUAGAGCUCUUAGAUCUCUUAAAUCGUAAAUAUAAUAUUAGCUGAGAAUGGCUUUGGACAAACUUUUAUUAUCAAUCGAAUAAAUUUAUUAUUUGCAAGAGUAUUACCAAUUAAUCAACAGUAAAUAUUAAUAUUUUUUAUGGAUUAAGUUGAAUCUCGAUCUUUAAAGGGAGCUGUGUAUUCGAUUGAUGAAGAAUAAUAAUGUUUUGGGCAAAAACCUAUAUUAGAGAUAAACAUAACUUUGGAAAUAUCGCACAAUGAAUAUAAUUUUUUUAAAACUGGUGAUCUAAUAAUAAUUAAAUCUAAAUCUCAUUUAUUCCUCUAUUUACUCCUGAAGUCUAGCAUACAGCUUAUUGAGAAUAAUUUAAAUAUUCUGGAUAUACUUAAAGUUUAAGGGAACAAUUAAUUUUACAUAUCUUUUUCUGAAGUAGGAGGAACAUAAGAUUAUUAAUUCAAUAUUCUCACUAGGAAUGAAUUGAAUUUAGUUUCUACUGGAACAGCAAUCCUAUCACUAUCAACCAUUUUUAUUGAAUUAUAAGCGUACAUUCAAAUUCUUUUAAUUUAUUCUGUGAGGGAAAAAAAUUACAUUAAUUUAUUAGAGUGUGAAAUUAUUGAUUCGGAUUUUAGAAUUCUGGCUUAUCAGAUAAUUAAUCAAGUUCAGAUAAUAACUCAAAUAGACAUUAAUAUGGAAAAUUAUUCAAUUUCUUUUAAAAUGCACAAAUUACUUAGCCAUGGAUUGGGAAAUCAUAUGAAUUUAUAAUUUUAUAGUAAAAAUUACCUUAUUCUGAAAUCAAAAUCAAGUUCAGUCUACUUUUAUGAUUUAACUCAGCCAUCAAAUUUUAUUGAUCAUUUUGGAAGAAUCAGAUAGAGUACUGAUUUAUAUUAUCCUUUUAAUACUACACACUUAUAUAUAUACUAAGCAACUUCUAGUUAAAUAUUCUUGGGAGAAUUAGGUUACAAUUUUGAUACUAAGAUUCAACUUUUUGAAAAUUAAACAUUUACCUUGGUAGCUGAGAACUAGGUAUCAUAAGCUCGAUGUAGUAUAACCAUUAUUGACAUUAGUUAUCAAUAAGUUGAUAGCAAAUUUUUAAUAAAAUUCCUAUUUUAUUUCUACUUAUUUUAGUUUUUUAUUUUCUUUUGA